AAAUAUAUUCAACAAUGUUUAAAAGCAGUGUUAACUGAUUGAUCUUCUCUUCUUUUUUUCCAUUUCAACCAAAAAAGGAAAGUUCAAAUUCUUAACGAAUAAGAACAUACGAUACAUUUAUAAAAAUUUUAGCCAAAAAAUUUAUAUUAUUGAAAAAUAACUGUACUUUAAGUUUAUUUGCGAAAUAAGUACAAAGAUUUUUCAAACGAUUGAAGAAUGAUUCUAUGUAGGGCUGACAACAAAUAAUGUUUAUUCGUAUUGGCCAAUGUGAUAUAAUCAAACAAGUAACGUCUCGUCUUCUAUAAAUUGAGUUGUCAUUAUCAUAUUAUGUGUUAUAUACAUAAGAUGUACAGACGGCAAGUUCUCGAUUUAUAAAGACAUAUAAAGAUAUUACGACAUUAAUUGCGAUAUAUGUGACAAAAGUAAAUACAAUUUAUCUAGUCAAAUUAUACACUUUAGUAAGUUCAGAAAGAUUAAAUAAAUAAUGAUUUCCACAAAACUACUAUGGAUUAUUAUCUUCGGAAGUUUAUUUUACUAUGUAAUAGAUGUAGGAGUUAAGAACGAAAGCAUUUCAAUACCACAAUACAUAACUAAAUUUUUAAUAAAUAUAACAAACAAAAUCAAUCGGACAGAGGAUUCAAAAGGAUCAGAAUGGAUAUUUUCGGAUAUUUUUUAUGGAAAUCCUUUCAUCUUCAUAUUAAUAAUCAUAUUUCUAAUAGCAAUUUGCGCAAUACCUAUACAAUUAAUAAGAAUUGCUUGGAGAACCUACAUCAAUAAUAGAGAAAGAAACAUAAGAAACGUUUGGCGUCGAUAUUUUCGUAGAGAUCGUAUUGAACCUGUUAUGAGAUUUGAGAGGGGAAACAUGAACAUAGAAAUUGUCGAAGAUAAUCAGGCAAAUAUGAGAUAUUGAUAAGAAGACAAAAAUGAUUAUAUAUAACAACUAUACACUAAUUUU